UUGAUGUACCUUUGGACACUGCUGGAGACGGCAUAGUGGUCACCAUGUUAAGUAUGGACACCGGUUCCUUGAUCAACAGUGACAUCAUGGUAGAAACACACCAAGAUACACCUACUGAUUCUGUCCCAAGAGACACCUUUGCCAGGGUUGUUGUACCCAUCGAGGUAGCCCAAGUUUUCACUACUCCAGAGGUCACGGAAGGCCCAUCAAGUUCUAACAACGCUACCAGUGGAGAUAACCUCGGCACAACUACCGUUUCAGGAGUGUCCAGUGGUCCUGGGGAAACGAUGGGUGUAAGCGCUAUUGAGUGUCUCAGGGUUGCUUUCGUUGUGUAUGCCAAUGAUGCCAUGUUUCCUUCACCGAGCCUUGCUCUACUCAACCGGGAGAUUGAUACACCAGUGGUAUCCUUAACAAUCGGAGGGCAGAAGAUAGAGAAUCUCAUGGAGCGUGUCAAUAUCACUUUCUAUAGAUUCAAGCCUGACUCUCGCGAUCCUACUUGUAACUUCUGGGAGUUUAAUCUCGGUAAAUGGUCCAUGGAGGGAUGUCAACUGUUACCUGAUAACGCCACCAAUAGUUUCAGUGAUGAAUACUACACAUGUGCCUGCGACCACCUGACCAACUUCGCUGUUUUAGUGGACAUAUAUGCAGAGGACGAACCUCCGAAACCUGUACUCCGUUUAUUGAGUAUCAUUGGGUGUGCUAUAUCAUGUGUGUGUCUGGUCGUCGCUAUCGCGUCGUAUCUAAGUGUCAAGAAGAUACGAAGAUCUCAGACUCACAAGAUUUUCAUCUGUCUUUGCACCACCCUGCUCUGUUUGUACACCGUCUCCCUCGCCAUCAUCGCUCUCGACACGGAGUUCCAUCAUGCCGAGGUCGAGUGGAUACCCUGUACCGUCCUGGCGGCACUCGUCCACUACUUCGUGCUCUCUUCGCUUACGUGGAUGGGCAUCGAGGGCUUUAAUACUUAUCUGGUCAUCGUAAAAGUGUUUAAUACUUACAUCCCGAAGUUUAUGAUCAAAGCUUCGAUUGUAGGAUGGGGUAUCCCGGCUGUGAUUGUUGCCGCAACUGGGGGAAUCACUAGGAACUAUUAUGCUGUCGAAGAUUAUUGUUACAUCCGGAAGUGGCCCCUCAUUGGUGGUCUCCUGGUCCCAAUGGCUAUCAUCCUCAUCAUCAAUAUCACUGUGUUCAUCCUGGCAAUGUGUCGUCUGGAAAAUUCUGCACGAAUGGCAGGACGUGUGAAGAAGGACUGCAAGACCGAACGACAAGAGACCCUGGAGCGGAUCCAGAAUGGCAUCGCCAUGUUGCUCCUGCUUGGCUUCACCUGGACUACUGGAUACCUGACCCUGAUCAACGUGGACUUCACUGAACUCCUCUUCAUCAUCUUCAACUCACUCCAAGGCUUCUUCAUCUUCGUCCUCUAUUGUCUUCGAAAGGAGACCAUCAGGAAGCAUUGGCGCCGUUGUAUUUGCUGUGCACUGUUGCGGGAAGGUGGCAGCGCUGAGUCCCAAGGAAGUUCCGGACGAACACCACGAUCUACGAGUGGGACUGGAGGCUCCCAACCUAUGUUUGAAUCUUCGUCUGCCAUACCCCAUACCAAUCCAUCUUUUGAAUACGCAAAUUAGAUACAAAACAUGAUUAACAUGCGAACGAUGUAUCUCUAGUGACUAAUUGCUAGAAAAUGAUAGUAGACACGAGCAUAAAGACUUUGAUUUUAAUAAUCAGGGCAACUUUUAUACCCUAAUGCAUUGCCUAUUGAAAUUAUGUUAGGAUUACGUAAUAUGGCACAGUCGUGUUCCUACAUUUUAAUAUGUAACGCUCAAGUCUAUUGCAAUUGCCUGAAGUUGAUUUUUUUUUGGAAAGUCUUUGCGAUCAUGCUGCACAUAAGUGAAAUACUCAGAAAUUUUAUUAAAACGCUUCGUAACUUGUUAUUGCUGUUGGUGGUAGGGACUAUCUGACUUAAAAAAAAUGAUUAUGUGUAAAUGAACAGAGGUUGAUACACAAUCAUGAAUGAUGUGAGUGUGGGGUAUUUGUUUGAAUAAUAAAUUGGGGCUUGGUGACACAUUUUGUAUAAACGUAAAUACAUUAACGCGAAAGGGUUGUAGAGGGGUAGUAUGUUUGUUUGUUUGUUUGCUUUAUUGUUACACAUUUCACGUAACAAGGUUGUCUCAUGCAUACAACGAUGAUAGACAUGUAACAUAGAUAAAUGAUGAAGUGAAAUUAUUAAGCAGCACAGCUCUUAAACUAUAAGUUCCCGAAUUAAUUAAAUACAAAAUACUGAUUUCAGAUUUCAGAUUUCGAUAGCAAAAAAUAAAGACGAAAUUAUCCACUCGUCGACGAAGUCAGAGGGGAUAUAGUAAUGCUGCCGUCCGUCCUUCCUUCCUUCCUUCCUUCCGUGCGUAACAAAUUUGGUUUCUGAUCGAUAACUUC